AUGGUGCACCUGACUGAUGCCGAGAAGGCUGCCAUCUUCGGCCUGUGGGGGAAGGCCAACGCUGACCCAGUUGGCGCUGAGGCCCUGGGCAGGCUGCUGGUUGUCUACCCUUGGACCCAGAGGUUCUUUGAACACUUUGGGGACCUGUCCUCUGCCUCUGUUGUCAUGGGCAAUGCCCAGGUGAAAGCCCAUGGCAAGAAGGUGAUCCAUGCUUUUGCUGAUGGCCUGAAACACCUGGACAACCUCAAGGGCACCGUUUCUGCCCUGAGUGAGCUGCACUGUGACAAGCUGCACGUGGAUCCUGAGAACUUUAGGCUCCUGGGCAAUAUGAUCGUGAUUGUGCUGUCCCACGACCUGGGCAAGGAUUUCACCCUUGCUGCACAGGCUGCCUUUCAGAAGGUGGUGGCUGGUGUGGCCUCUGCCCUGGCUCACAAGUACCACUAACCCCCUUUC